AUGAAGCCCUCUACGCUCUCUUUCCUCCUGGGCCUAAGCCUCUCCAGCCUUGCCAGUGCUCGCACAGACCUGGAAGGCUGCGUCUCCAGCGAAGUGGUGAUCAACUACGGAGCAAGCUACCUCUGGUACGUGCCCGACACCGGUGAAAUCUGCACGUUCCUUGACUGCGGUGGCGGCCGCGCACCCCCAAAAACCAACCAACCUGGCUGUCCUCUGUACUCCGGCACCGCAACUGUCACCGCCAGCUACAUCGAGGGCUAUGGGCCCAAUGGGAAACAGGCUGCCUCCACGAAUACAGCCGCGGCUACUACUUCUUCGACUGAGGCUGUGGAAACCACAGCCAACUCUACUGGGGGUGAUUCUUCUUCCGCCAGUUCUACGGCGGUCUCUACUUCUACGGCUACGGACUCGAGUGCCAGUCUGAUUACUGCUGCUCCUACUAGCUCGCCUGCUGCUUCUAUGACUACUACUACCUCUGCUGUCUCCAGUGAAUCCUCUGCCGCGAGUAGCACUCCCACUGGUAAUGCUGCUCAUACUGCUGGGUCUAAUGUCGGUGUUGUGGCCUUGAUGGCUAUGGUUGGUGCGAUGGUUCUAUAA